AUGGCUUCAACUGAUGAUUUGAUUGUAUCUUCUAAAUACUAUGAUCUUGAUGAUAUACUUGCACAGCAUACGAAUAUCCCUUGUACAAUCAUGAAUACUAUUGACAAAGACUUUUUUCCUUUGAUUGGAUUGAGUGAAAACGUGGUAAUAGAUCCCAAAGGACUCAAAGCCGAAGUUCCUUUGUGGAUGCUGAGAACGAUUAAGGAACAUUGUCAAAUCAUUUUGCCAAAAGCUUAUAAUGCAGCUGUUCAGAACGUUCUACUAUCCAAUGCCAGUUCAGCUAACCUAGAAAGAUUGCAACAAUAUUUUUAUUUCGUGGGGAUGCAUCUGGCUGACGUGUUAGAGAGAGAAGACGGACAAGCACUGUCAGAUUGUUUGGUUCAAACACUUGUUCAACGAGUUGGAGAUGUUGUAUGCAAAGGACUACAAGGACAUACCAAACCUGAGAAGUUUGAUAAUAUGGAAAAAGAGUUGUUUCAAAAUAUCCUUGUUUGGCGUAAGGAAAUUAUGUCAUGGGUUCAAGGCGGAAAACCAAUUUCUAACAAAAGGAAACAUGAUUGA